AUGGCAGGCGACAGUACCUUGUUUCACUCCUUCUGGUGGACACACUAUGUAACAUUCUGUGCUUUAGCGGUGGUUUAUGUCUGGGGAAUCCAGUUGGUUAGGCGGCCAGCGCGUCAGACCGAUGAUGAAUUCUAUGCGAAGUUGUUUGAUUUGGCUGAGAGAUGUCGGGCACAUCUAAGGCGAGCUACAGCCGGGUUGUCACCUAAUCGGCGAUACGAUAUCAUUCUUGAAGAAUUGAGAAGAGAAGCUCGCAACUCCCACUAUCAUAAAGGUGGAGCAGCUGAAGUCGACCGUGGAGAAUUUCUGGCUAUCGAGGAUGAUGAUGCCGCCGGUCUACAUGACCCAUUUUUCCACGAUCCGCAUGUCACGAGCUCUUGUGACCCGAAUUUUUUAGGAAUUGCGUAUAAUGGAGCGACCUCUUCAGCAUUCGGAUUCGAGGGAGCAUUUCAGUUUUCUGAUUGGCUAACACUCGACUCAUCGGUACGUCUUACAAUCAACACUGGUAGAACCUCGUCGUCGACUAACUUUACUCAAGGCCUUUUUUCCAGUGGCUGA